CCCGGCUCCUCCCUCGGCGGCCGCAGCGGCGGGAGGGCGCUCGGGGCCGGGCCGGGCCGGCCAUGGCGGCGGAGGAGGAGGAGGGCGAGGUGGACUGGGUGGUGGACACCAUCGCCGGCUUCCUGCGGGGGCCCGCCUGGGCCGUGCCCGUGCUGGAGUUCAUGGAGCAGAAAUGCGAGGUUUUUGAUGAUGAAGAAGAAAGCAAGUUGUCUUAUACAGAAAUUUAUCAGGAGUACCAAGCUUUGGUUGAAAAAUUAUUAGAAGGUUACCUUAAAGAAGUUGGCAUUACUGAAGAGAAAUUUCAAGAAGCUUUUUCAUCUCCUCUUGCAAAGACACAUACUUCACAGGCGAUUUUGCAAACAGUGCUGGCAGCAGAAGAUUUCAGACUAUUUAAAAAAAUGAUGGUACAAAAAAAUAUUGAAAUGCAAUUGCAAGCCAUUAGAAUCAUGAAAGAAAGAAAUGGUGUAUUGCCUGACUGUUUGACCGAGGGUUCUGAUGUAUUCAGUGAAAUUGAACAAGAAGAAAUGAAAAUACUCAGGGAGGUUUUAAGAAAAUCUAAGGAAGAAUAUGACAUGGAGCAAGAAAGGAAAAGGACAGAGGAAGCACAUACCUUUAAAUCACCAGAUGUGACCAGCUUUCCAGGAGAUUCAAGAGAAACUCUAAGAGUUAAGGAGUCUACUGAGGGAGCUGAUGCUUCUGAAGAAACUCCAAAAAUUUCAUUAGAGGAAUCCUGGAAAUCUGCAAGGGAAGACCUAAAACCAGUACGCCCAUUACAGAAAGGAACAGAAAGCUUACCUCAGCCAAACAAAGGCAAAGAAGAUAUUAAGAAGAGAACAUCUGAAAAGCGUUCAGAAAAUGCAGCACAAAAAGCCAAGAUAGAAGAACUUAAUUUAUCAGAAGAGCAGCAGCUGAGGCAACGGGAGGACUACCUCAAGAAAAAGAGAGAUAUGCUGAUGGCUACAAAGAAGGAGUCAAGAAAUAAUGUGAUACCGCCAACAAACGCUGACCAGAAAGAAGAGGAAUCAUCUCCUAAAGAGGAAAUUUCAGAAGAGAAGCAAAAGUUACUGCAGAAGAGGAAAGUGCUUGCGGAAAAACUAAAGGAAGAAGUUAUUAAUAAGCGGUAAUGUUAAGAAGCGCGUUGCAGAUCUCAAUAAGCAAUUUAAAAAAAUAUAUAACCAAUAAUUGAAUGGAUUUGUUUUCAAAUAUGUUACAGUUAGUUUUAUAGAACUUUCAGACAAGCAACUCUACUUUAUAUAAAAUAUUUGAAAUUACACUCAAAACAGUGAAAACAGCUUUUCCAGACUGCUGGAAACUCAUUGAUUUUCACUGGAAUGUACUCAGCAGCGAAGCAGUUUAAUAUCAGCUCAGCACACGGAUUGUGUGGACUACUGGCCUGUCACUUAAUAGAGCAAAAGCAAAUAUUUAUAUCUGUUAAAAUAAUACUUAAGAAUGUCAACAGUUUUGAAUGAGUUAUAAAUUCUAUUUUUUUUUUUUAGGAUUAGGGAACUUGGUUCUUGUCAUUAGAAUAUUACAAAUAAAUUAAAUUACUAUUUUUCAGCUGUAAAGUAUAAUAAAAUUUAAGUUCCCAAAGAAGUGUUGUUAUGGUCACCUUAUUUUCUGAGAAACAGCUAAUGCAGCUUGAAGUCAGGAGCCAAGACAUCUGGGUGAUCUUAUUUUACGUACUUUUGGAGCAGUUUACCAGUAUCUUAGAUUCAAGUUUGCUGUGAAUGCAACUAAGUUGAAAAAAACUUUAGUUGCAAAAUAAGAACUAGAACCAUCACGAGACCAAUUUAGUUCUAAAAUCCGAAGUCUUUAAACAAAACAAAAAUCAUUUACAUUUGUCUUUGAGAGACUUAAAGUUGAGCAAAUGACAGCCUCUGCUGUGCUUCAUUUCAUUACAUCAUUGACUGUAACAGUGAUUCGCAUUAAAAGAACAACCCAACUACUUCAAGUUCCAUGUAGCUUUUUAUUAAAAUAGCAUUUAUAACU